ACUGCUCCUACGCAAAGAAGGCGUGAACCUACGCACAUCAGCGGAAUUAGAAAUCGUUAAAGCAAUCAAAGAACGAGCGUGUUAUCUUUCGCCCAACCCCUUGAAGGAAGAGAGUUUGGACACCGAGAGAGCACAGUAUACAUUACCCGAUGGCACACAGUUAGAGAUUGGACCCGCGAGAUUCAGAGCUCCAGAAGUGUUGUUCCGACCAGAUCUCAUAGGGGAGGAAUGUGAAGGUCUUCACGAAGUCCUGAUGUUUGCAAUUCAGAAGUCAGACAUGGACCUACGUAAAGUCUUAUAUUCAAACAUAGUAUUGAGCGGAGGAAGUACAUUGUUCCGCGGCUUCGGAGACAGGCUUUUGGCUGAGAUAAGACGACUAGCACCCAAAGACAUGAAAAUCAGGAUCUCAGCACCCCAAGAGCGGUUAUACUCCACAUGGAUCGGGGGUUCUAUUCUGGCAUCACUCGACACCUUCCGCAAGAUGUGGGUUUCGAAACGCGAGUACGAUGAAGAGGGACACCGCGCUGUUCAUAGAAAAACAUUCUAGAUACAUUCUCUUCGCUUUCCAGAACAUUCUAGACAGUUUCUAGAGUAUUCUAGAAAUCAACAGGAAUUCAUAUUGGUGUUUAUAAGUUUUCCACUGUAUUUGGCCUUUAGAUUUUUUCUAACGAUUUCUAGACAUUUCUAGCUCUGUCUCUAGAAUUUUCAAUGCACUGUGGCUUGCUAGACACCUCGACAAGCUAAUGUCGCUUUUUGGUGUAGGAUUAAAUUGGUGUCGAUUCCGUUGUUUCCCAUUCUAAACUAAUUUGAAUGGUUUAGACUUUUUUUAAGUAAUAAAGUGUAAGGAAAUAAUGUUUUCAGAGAUAGCUGAAGUUUGAUCUGUGCUUUGGCCUUUGGUUUGAAAGAGACAGAUCUUUUUGUCUUAAAGCAGAAGGCAAAAAUAUUGGUCUCGUUUAUUAUAUGAAGUUCCAAGGAACAAUGGCAACAUUAUAGUUAUUGGAAUUCGUUAGCGUCUUCAAAUGUCUCAAA